AUGAUGACGGAAAGUGUGCAACCGACAGGCGCCGUGGUCCGCAUCGAGCCCCUCGCCAUCGAGAUUCCCUCGGAACCGCGCGUCCGUGGAAAACUAGCCGCUUUCUGCGACAAACACUGCUCGGAGAAUAUGGAAACGAAGACGAAGGUCUACAUUUGUCUCCUUCUGAUUCUCCCCUCACUUAUUUAUUUUCUCGUCUCCAUCAACACUUCUAAUCCGAAAAAGGCGUAUGUUCAGGUGAAAGCUUCUUAUUGAAAGAAGAAAUCUUUACAUCUCAAUUCUUUUCAGCACUUUGAGACGCCACUCAUUCUGAAUAUAACAACGUUCUCAGAAGAGAGGUUCUCCACGGAAGAGUAUGCCGAAUCUUUCGAUCUGGCCGUCAAGUACGUCUUUCACUUUCUCUACCUCUUUUACUUGCCGCUAUUUCAGAAAUGAUCAGCUGGUCGUGCCAACCGGAUUUACCAGGUUUAUCGCGGAGUUUCAAAACAAGGGAAUAUUUAGAAGGGGUCGUAGACAGCUUUAGAAACUUGAUUUGAUAUGGCGAUAUCAAAUCAGCAAGUAGAAUCGUUAAAUCGAUCAAUAGCAUUUUUUUCAGUCAAACUGUCAGAAGAUACAUCGCCUCUUCGAGUUCCGUGACAAGAGAUUUCAACGAUGAAUCGGCAGUUUAUUUGCUUCAGCGAGCAUAACCCUUGCGGCCUAACUUUUUUCAAUCCGCUUUUCUAGUCCUUCCGUAAAGAAUUUUAGUAGUUUUUUUUCUGAUAAAAAUGUUACUGAAAUGAACGCUUUAAUAAUAACAGAUGCUCCGUUCGGCAGUCACACAAUUAUUCCAAAGAGCUCCGCGAGCAUUCGUGCUCCAGAAUCAGCAGAAACUCUCGACGACAGUCGCCUUCCAGGCGAAAAAGAAGGCGGAUAAUAAAAAGAAGGUAGAUAUUUCCGUUUUGACCCAGUUUAAGGCACUGUUUCCAGGGAGCACCGACCGUGUUCACAAAUCUGGAAGACAAUUCGAUUGUGAAGCAGACGUUGAAAGAAUUUCAAAGGGUCGAAGCGGUUCUCGUGGAAGAACUCACUCGGCACUUCUCGCUCAAGGCACGUGCUCCGAAAUCCGCUGUAUCACACUUAUCAUUUCUUUUUUAGGUGGAUAUCCGGCAGUACGAAGACGUGAUGGUCAAACUGGAGAACGGGCAAGACAAGCCGUUGUCGUUGGUGGCCAGAGUCACUCUCAAGUCUCCGCUGAUGGUUAUGAUCAACUUCCAGGAUAAUCCGUCAGCAAUCAAGGCUGCGAAGCUUGCCAUUCAAGUAUUAAAAUUGGAAAAAAUCUUAUUUUAUUGUUUUUUUUUUCAGAAAUCAACGCUGAACGUGACUCCCCAGCAAGAAGGAGUCGUUCUGUAUGUGAAUGUUCCUCCGAUGAGCAAAGAACGACGAGAGAAAAUGGCAGCCGAUGCGAAAGGAAAAAUUAUGAACGAGUAUAAACAGGCGAUCAACGAGAUCUAUUCAAAGAACGACAAAAAGUCGUCGACUGAGUUCGCUUCCAAACCCGAUGAUGCAAGAAAGACGAGAGAAUCGUUGUUGAAUAUGAAGCAUGCCGCUGAACAGAGAGGGGCUCUGCUUAUCGAAGAUCGGCGCAAACAAUUGCUGCAACAAGUUGUGUGA